ACAUGGACGGCAGUACUGGAGAAAAAACGUGGGCCCGUUAACGUGAGCGUCGUAGUGAUGACAAAGCAGCGAGGUCACGAGGACGCCAUAAGGGCCGAGAGCUGCAUUCGACACGUCCAAAGCACCAACAUGAUUGUGAUAUACAGCAGAGUCACCAAGGGUGGCUUCCGAGUACUGAAUGCCAACGUCACGGCCACCGUCACCCUGCCCGGAAAGGAUGAAACGGUAUUUCUGCCUUUACGGGACGACGGCAAAGGCGCGGAUGUGAAAGCAGACGACGGCGAGUACGCAUCCUACUUCACCCGCUACCAAAAAAAAGGAAGGUACAGCGUUAGAACCGACGUGACGGUGGACCCGAGCGCUCGACUGGGACCCGCGAGGCCGGGGACGAAUGCACCACCCCCUCCUGGGAUACUGCGUGCUGCGAGAUUGAGAAGAGGGCCUGGAAAGAUGUGCGCAGCGUCAAACUCAUCUCCAGAAUGCAAGAAAAAAAGCUUGGGCAAGUUAGCGGAACAGAGGCUCCCAUUUCGUCCUUUCUUGAAGGGGAGCAUGCGCAGAGGUCAUCGAUAUGAUAAAGCACCGCUGGUGGACUCGGUGACAAGACUGAUAGCCUAUGCCGGUGCCUUCCAACUGAAGAAAGCCGCCAAAGCCAGUGACCUGGCCCCUGACCGUGUUCGGGACUUGGCAGUUAAGAACGUCACAAGGAGCUCUGGCAAUCUUACCGUAACGCUGUCAUGGACCUCUACUGGAGCUAACUUAGACACCGGCAGAGCGAAAUCUCUGGACCUGAGGUCGAGCUUAAAAUCAAGGGACCUCGUUUACAAGUUUAAGGGAGCAACGAAGAUAACAAACGACGACGUUCUGGAGGGCGACUUGACCCCUAAAGACCCUUUCAGUCUCCACACAGUCAAGGUCCGGCUUCCCGAAGUACUGGUCUCAGCGUCCCAGGACAAGCCCGGCAGCAUCUUCCUGGGACUACGUACAAAGAACAAGCGAGGAAAGCAGUCUCAGGUCUCUAAUAUUGCUCCCGUGGUCUGGCUGGCUGCUGUGAAAACGACUACAGUGAAAACGACUCGGCCCCCGACGGCACCUCAUAGGACCUCUACGCCCAUGACAUACAAGCCCGAUCCCUAUACGCCCACGACCUACACCCCCGCGCCUUACGCCCAGCCGGACAAAGGAUGGUCCCUCGCCACAAUCAUGGCAGUCCUCUUGGGCUUGCUCUUCCUCGUGACCGUUGUCAUCAUCGGCUACUAUACUCUCAAGCGGUCAAGCGACGACAAACGUGGCAAUGAAGAGCGUUUGGCCGGCUACGGUGACACUACAAUGGGGGACACUAGUUCUUAUGACACUACUUCGGGUUCCUGAAAGAAAAUAAAAACCGUUUUUUUAGGCCGCUUACAUAAAA